UUCGCUUCCCAUGAAAGCAAGUGAUUCUUUAUCGCCGUUUAAAAGCAACAUGAACGUGUCAAUCGAACGGAAGCGGAACGAUUGUGUUGCCCUACCGAAGGGCUGGCAGCGGGAAGAGGUGCUCCGGAAGACAGGCCUUUCGGCUGGAAAAGUCGAUGUGUAUUACUACAGUCCAUCGGGGAAGAAAAUCGAAAGUAAGCCACAGCUUGCCCGCGCACUCGGCGAUACGAUCGAUCUGUCCACGUUCGAUUAUCAGGCCGGGCGCACUAUUGCACCGCCCUCGAUGGCUGCAGCUCAGUUGCUGCAAACCCACCACCACCACGGUACGGGCUAUCAUCUACUGCAGCCACCAAAUAACAGCGCACUGCGCAGGAAGCUGCCCCCGACGGGUUCACUAGGUGGUACAAACACACUCAAUGCAACGCCGAUCAGCAGUGGUUGUGGUGUAAAACCACAGCCAUCUCAGUACGAUUACAGUCGUGCAAUGCGUGCCGACACAUCGCUUAUCCCGCCGAUCAGACAAACGGCAUCGAUCUUCAAACAACCGGUAACGGUCGUACGAUCACAGGAACCCGACAAUGCCAAACUAAAGCGCGAACUCCAGCACGGCUCCCAGGUGAAACCGAAGCAACUAUUCUGGGAGAAGCGUUUAGAGAAUCUUGGUGCUAGCAAUACGCACAAUGAAGAGAUCGGCUCAAUCGAACUACCAAAGCGACUACGACCGAUAGGGCCGGGAAUACGAGAAACAACCGUGCUGCAGUCUUUAGCCACUGCCCUGCAUCACAACACACUGCCCGUGACCGGGCAAACUGCAUCGAAAACGUCCCUCAACACGAAUGCUGGCGUGUUCAUUAAUCCACACCAACCGCUCAUGACGAACGUGACCAUUACGGAGGAGGACGUUAAGCGGCAGGAAGACCGGGUACAGUAUGCCCGGUUGCGGCUACAGGAAGCGCUUCGUGCCUAGACAUCAGGUUCCGCGGGAAGAGAGCGAGCACUGACACACAUG